GUCAGUCAGAGAGGGGGCGGAGAUGGUGAAGCAGACCAUCCAGAUAUUCGCGAGGGUAAAGCCCCCCGCCCGGAAACACCAGAAAGGGAUUUAUUCCAUAGAUGAAGAUGAAAAAUUAACACCUAGCUUGGAAAUUCUCUUACCACGAGACUUGGCAGAUGGAUUUGUGAAUAAUAAGCGAGAAAGCUACCGAUUUAAAUUUCAAAGAAUUUUUGAUCAUGAUGCGAAGCAAGAGAUCAUUUUCGAAAGUAUUGCCAAGCCAGUCGCUGAGAGUGUCCUGGCGGGCUACAACAGUACCAUCUUUGCCUAUGGGCAGACAGGAAGCGGCAAGACCUUCACUAUCACAGGUGGGGCUGAGCGCUACAGCGACAGAGGCAUCAUCCCAAGGACGUUGUCGUACAUUUUCGAACAGUUACGAAAGGACAGCAGCAAAAUAUACACAACACACAUUUCCUACUUGGAAAUCUACAAUGAGUGUGGUUAUGAUCUAUUGGAUCCAAGACACGAAGCCUCCAGAUUGGAAGAUUUGCCGAAAGUGAUAAUUCUGGAGGACCCGGAUCAGAACAUUCACCUAAAAAACCUGUCUCUUCAUCAGGCAACGACGGAAGAAGAAGCUCUGAACUUGCUCUUCUUAGGAGACACCAACAGAAUGAUCGCAGAGACACCUAUGAACCAAGCUUCCACCCGCUCCCACUGCAUCUUCACUGUUCAUUUAUCAAGCAAGGAGCCCGGAUCUACAACCAUCCGACACGCCAAGCUCCACCUGGUGGACCUGGCCGGCUCCGAGCGAGUGGCCAAGAGUGGAGUCGGGGGCCAGCUUCUAACAGAGGCCAAGUACAUCAACUUGUCGCUACAUUACUUAGAACAGGUCAUUAUCGCCCUUUCGGAGAAGAACCGCUCACACAUUCCUUACAGGAACUCCAUGAUGACCAGCGUCCUCAGGGACAGCUUGGGGGGGAACUGCAUGACCACCAUGAUCGCCACGCUGUCCUUAGAGAAAAGGAACAUCGAGGAGUCUAUAUCGACCUGCAGAUUCGCACAAAGAGUGGCACUCAUAAAGAACGAAGCCGUCCUUAACGAAGAAGUCGACCCCAGAUUGAUGAUCAUCCACCUGCAGAAGGAAGUCCAAGAGCUGAAGGACCAACUGGCCAUUGUCACCGGGGAGCCGAGCACCGAGGCGCUCACAGAAGAGGAGCUCCGGCAGCUGGAAAAACUAAUAACCUCCUUUCUGGAAGACCAGGACCCAGAGAGCAGGCUGGAGGUUGGCGCUGAUAUGCGUAAAAUUCAUCACUGUUUUCAUCAUUUAAAGAAACUUCUGAAUGACAAGACGAUCCUUGGGAAGAGUACUGGCCCCUGCGAAAGCGGAAACCAAGUCCAGCAAGAAAGCUUUCGAGAGGAGGAAUACAGAAAGCUGCAGGACACACUGGAGCAGAGAGACAGCGAGAUCUAUAUUCUGGUCAACAUGUUAAAAAAGGAAAAGAAGAAAACUCAAGAUGCUCUCCACCUGUCUAGCAUGGAUAGAGGUGAAACGAGACCCUCGCAAGGCUUGCCCUUCCCACCUGGGAACCCACAGGAAGGGCAGAGGAUGUCCCUGUCCUCAGUUCCAGUGCAGGCCCAGGACCUCGGCACUUCCGGGUACAGAUCCCAUUCGCUGCACCGGAAAACAGGAAUGAGAGAGGAAAUGUCAUUAGGACGCCAGGAGGCCUUUGAAAUCUUCAAGAGGGACCACGCGGACAGCGUUACCGUCGAUGACAACAAACAGAUUCUGAAGCAGAGAUUUUCUGAAGCCAAAGCCCUGGGAGAAAAUAUAAAUGAGGCGAGAAGGAAGAUCGGUCGCCUGAAGGAUGCCAUCACACAGCGGCACAUGCAGCAGGUAGCCCUAGGGAUCUCCGAAAACACAGCCGCGCCCCUCAGACCAGACCGGCAGGAGGAGCAGCUCCGUCUGCAGCUGGAGGAGGAGAAGAGAAGGUACAAAACAAUGUUCACACGCCUGAAAGCCCUGAAGGUGGAGAUCGAGCACUUGCAGCUGCUCAUGGACAAAACCAAGGUCAAGCUGCAGAAGGAGUUCGAAGCCUGGUGGGCAGCAGAGGCCACCAACCUACAGGCAUAUUCUCCAGUAGUGAACCCCCUGGGUCCAGGGAAGCCUUCUCCGCAGACUGCUGAGCCCCAGCAGGACUGGUCCCAGCUUCUGGCUAACAGAAGUGACGUGAACAGCAGGGACAUCCCGCCCACACCUUGCCCCAGCCCAGCUGGCCAGGAGCCGCUCAGCCCCGGUGCCCAGCCGGAAAGCAGCACUCCUGAGCGGCCCUUGUCAGUCCCUCUCACUGGAGACAGCCAGACGGACUCUGACAUCCUGGCAUUCAUCAGGGCCCGGCAGAGCCUCCUGCAGAAGAAAGGCCUCGGGAGCAACUGACUCCCGUGGGAGUUGUCCUUGGCCCCUGAAGGCAUGACAAGCCCUGGAUGCAGGCCCCAUCCCUCCCUCAAGACGCAGGCGCAACCCGGGGACACUGUGAGCAGCUGUGGACUUGAAUCCAGCGGAGGAGGCUGAGAGGCCAGAGGCCGCAAUCCAUCUUCCUGUGCCUGCAGAGCUGGGGCAGUGGGAGGGCUUCAGCUCACUGUGGGGUGCUGGUUCAUGAAGGCACAGAACGAUCAGCUAGAGAACGUGAUGCCGGGGGAUAAUCUGGGAUCUUCAGCCACUCACCCCACGACCACCCCAGCACCCACUGGGGAGGAACCCAGGAGUGGCUGCACUAGGCUUCAGAGCCCAGCCAGAUGUGGGGCAUUGUGGAGCCAAGCCAAGCCUACUCUCCCAGCCCAAGCUCCCCCACCUCCUGCUAGCCCUGGACGGCCAGCUGUGUCCCAGGAGCCAGGCACCCUCCAGUCCCAGGGUACCGCAGCAGGACAGAACAGUAGGCAGCUCCCAAGCGCUCUGCAGAAAGGGGCAGCGUGGUACCUUUGGCUUCAGCUUCUGCCCAACCCCUCGGGCCUCUGCAGGAUGGGGUCCAGGGAUCCCCAACUCCCCACCCACACAAGGAAACACCACUGUUCAUGGUGCAAAUCACAGAGCCUCCCAGCCCUCAGGCACCAACUCGGGGACUCGGGGCCAGAGGGUGGGCACUGGGCCUCCAGGAGGCCUUGAACAAUGCUGCGGGUAUCAGAUCCCCUCUGGCCAUCGGGGUGGGCAUGGAAGGUGGAGAGCGGUGGCCCUGCACAAAG